AUGUCAGCCAUAUAUAAACUCUCAAUACAGGGAAUCAGGUCUUUUGAUUCGAAUGACCGUGAAACCAUUGAAUUUGGUAAGCCACUUACACUGAUUGUUGGAAGUAAUGGAUCGGGGAAAACUACUAUCAUUGAGUGUUUGAAGUAUGCGACAACAGGCGAUUUGCCUCCCAAUAGCAAGGGCGGGGCGUUUGUGCAUGAUCCUAAAAUUACAGGGGAGAAAGACGUACGAGCACAGGUGAAAUUGGCGUUUGUUAGUGCGAAUAAUGUGAAUAUGAUUGUAACACGAAAUAUUCAACUUUUGGCUAAAAAAACAAGCAACACUUUCAAGACAUUGGAGGGUCAAUUGGUUGCUAUAAACAAGAGUGGGAGAACGACUUUGAGCAGCAGGGCUGCAGAACUUGACGUUCAGGUGCCUUUGUACAUGGGUGUUCCCAGGUCGAUUCUCGACUACGUGAUCUUCUGCCACCAGGAAGAUAGUUUGUGGCCGCUUAGCGAACCUUCAAACUUGAAAAAAAGGUUUGAUGAAAUCUUUCAGGCUAUGAAGUUUACCAAGGCCUUGGACAACUUGAAAGUUAUCCGCAAAGACAUCUCCGUGGACAUUAAGCUUCUGAAACAGUCUGUGGAGUAUUUGAAAGUCGAGAGAGAAAGAGGGCGUGCCACAAAGGUGAACAUCGCGUCGCUUGAGCAGAAAAUUGCUGAUCAUAUGAGGCUCGUUGAGAGUACAGAUCGCGAGUUGGAGCGUAUAACGGAGCAAUCCGACAGGCUAUUUAAGUCCAACCAGGAGUUUCAGGAAGUUCUUUCCAGGCUUGAAGGUCUUAGACACAGUCAAAAGUCCAUUGUUGAUCAAAUCAAGCGGUUGAAAGAAACUACUGAAAUUGUUGAAGCUCCUAAGGCUCAUCUCGAAGGGUUGUUGGCCAAUUUCACCGCGGUGAUAGAAGACAGAAAGCAACAGUUGAAAUCUGUGGAAGAGUCUUUAGCAAGGGAACAGCAAAGGCUCGGUGAAGCUCGUGAAAAGAUCAAUAAUCUAUCAUCACGUAAGGGUGAACUCAUCGCGAAAAAGGCUCGCUUUGAAGAGAUCAUUGCCUUAAGAAACAAGACAUGCAACGAAAUUAGCACAAGCCAAAACCUAAAUGGAGAGGAUGUUAUGCAACUUCUUUUAGAAAAGUUGAGAUUAAGCGAAGCAGUCGCUCAAAAAAAUUCCCUUCAAAACAACGCAGAAAAACGAAGAUUAGAGGCUCGGUGCUCCGAGGUAGAAGCUGCCAGGGUCAAGGAUGAGCAGCAACUUAGCUAUUGUAGGAGCGAUCAUAGCAAAUUAAUGGAGGAACUUGACUCCUUGCGCCAUUCUUUGAAAGCGAAAACCGCGACUGAUGAUGAUUUAAGUGAACAGCGACUUUCCCUGGCAAAAUUUCGAACGCAUUUAGAAGAUCGACAGCGGUCUGGGGACAUGGAGCGCACUAUUGCUCAGAUACAGGGGAAAAAUGAACAAAUUGUUGUGAUGGAAAAUGAGCUUGAAAACGUGCAAAAAGAAAUAUUGAGAGCCACUCGUCAAUCGGAUCUUAUGGCUAGGUACUCCUUAUCGAAAAAGCGUUUGGAAGAACUUCAGAGCAAACUUAAAGAAUCAACAAAUAUAUUGGCAGACGACACCAAAGCGGCGGAUUGGAAACUGACGCCUCAUAGUGACCUUGAAUUAGCCAUCAAGAAAGUAGGUCUCGACUUGCAAGGAAGCCUGGCAGUCGCGUUAAGCGACGUCAGUGAUGCCAGAAAAACUGUUACAGAGGACAAGUUCAUGUCUUCACAAUGGCGUAAUGAUAAAGACCUUCAGAGCGAUGCCCUAACAGUGGUUGAACUCUCAAUCAAGAGAGCCCUACCCGGGGACUGCUCUCUGGAUGACUACGAUGAGGCUUUCAACGAGACAGAGGAAUCAUAUAAAAUUGCGCUGGAGAAUUUGAAAAUGCAUAGAACUACUUUGGAGUUCAAUUUGAAAGCUUUAGAAGUUGCAAAAGUGAAUAACUGUUGUUAUUUGUGUCAAAGGGAUUUUGAGGACAAAAAUGAGCAGAGCAAGCUUCUAAAGGAAUUGGAGCGUCGCACACAGACUGAUUUCGAAAAAACGUUGGUAGAGGCGGUACAAGAGGAAAAGCGCUAUCUAGACUCUUUAAGAAAAGUCGAAAAGGACGUGAUGAAAAGAAAUGAUUUAGUGGGUUCAAUUUCAAGGCUUGACCACAAAUUGAACGAAGUGAUAAAACGUCUUAAAACCAGAGAAGAGAUUCUCGCAAAGAAGGAGGAGCGGGCCAGUGCUAUCAAAUCCGACAUGAACUACUUCGAAGGCAUAGUUCGGCCCGUUGUUGAAAAGAUCUGCUUGCUAAAGAAACAGUUUCAUGAAGAGCAGAAAGGUGAAAGAAACUUGGCAGAUGAGAUAAGUAUUUUUAGUCAGGGAGAUAGAAAGUUGCAGACUAUUGAAGAGUUACAAAACACCCAGUUGAUACUUAACACUGACUUGAAGAAACUUCGCAAAGAUAUCGACCUAUUGCAAGAUGAAAAAGAGGCGAGAUCGAGGGAAACUAACAACCUCAUAAACCUAAUUCACGAGAGAAGGUUCAAACUCACCGAACUUGAGAAAGAGGCCCAAGAAAACGUUGGUUUACAAAAACGAAUCAUAGAUUGUGAAAGGUCGAUCGAUGAGAUGGCUUCAACAAUUUCUUCGAUCUCUGGGCGCGUUGAAAGUCAUCACAGCAAGAUAUCUGCUGCGCGUAAUGAAUUGGAUGAUAGCUUGAGAAAGUUUGAAGCUAGUGAGGCUAAAGAUCGUGCUGAGUGUGCAGGCUAUAGAUUUAGCAUUGAACGCAUUGAACGCCUAGAUUCCGAAAUCGAAGACUAUGAGAUGCAUAAUGUAGGCAAGCUGGAGGAAUGUGACGGGGAAAUAGGUCUCCAGCAGGAGGUAAUCAAGGAAUCGACUGAAAAGGUCGAAUAUCUUUCAAAUUUACUUGCCGCUGAGAGUAAAAAAAUAGAGGAUUCUAGGAAUGAACAGAGAAAUCUGAGGUUAAACUUAGAUUUGUUAGAUUUGCAGUCUCAGCUUCACAGUGUUACGGAAGAAAUUGAACACUUGGAUACCCGUAACGCGGAAGCCCAGAGAAGCAGUUACCAAGAGGAAUCUACACGUCUAAGGAGCCUGUUUGAGAAAUUCAGUGCAGAUAAUGCCGGGAGAUUGGGCGAAAUCAAACAACUUCAAAAUCAAAUAAACGCAUUAGUCAAUCUUCUGAGAACUGAUUACAAAAAUGUUGAUGAUAAAUAUCAAAAUGAGUGGCUGAAAUUGCAAACUAAAACCAUAGUUACCGACGACAUCGAAGUUUAUUUAAAACUGUUAGACAGCGCCAUCAUGAAAUAUCACUCUGUUAAGAUGCAGGAUAUUAAUCGCAUCAUGGAUGAGCUCUGGAAACGCACCUAUAGUGGCACUGACGUCGACACGAUCAAAAUUAAAUCCGAUGAGACAUCCAGCACCACAAAAGCGAAAUCUUACAAUUACCGUGUCGUGAUGUACAAGCAAGAUGCCGAGCUUGAUAUGAGAGGAAGAUGUUCGGCAGGUCAAAAAGUUCUGGCCUCGAUAAUAAUCAGGCUGGCUUUGUCUGAAAGUUUCGGUACAAAUUGUGGUGUCAUAGCUUUAGAUGAACCAACCACCAAUCUUGAUGAGGAAAAUAUUGAAAGUCUUGCCAAAUCGCUGAACAAUAUCAUCGAACUGCGUAGACAUCAAAAAAACUUUCAGCUGAUCGUUAUCACUCACGAUGAGAAGUUUUUGAAUUAUAUGGGAGCUGCAGACUUCACCGAUCACUUUUACAAAGUCAAGAGAGAUGAUAGACAAAAAUCCCAAAUUGAGUGGGUCAGCCUCAAAAAGGUCAUUGUUUGA